AUGACCUGGUCGCUGCUGCGAGACUUCUUCCCCAUGCUGGCCCGCUGGAUGUCCUCGACCAUGUCUUCGGGCUCCAAGGGCGGCGGCGGCGGCGGCGGCCCAGCGUCGCAGGCCUAUGCUCGCUCGCACACCUACGCCCACUCGCAGACCCAGCUGCACUCGCAUACCCCUUCGCAGUCACAUUCGCAGCCACCGUCUCAGUCGCAGUCGCAGUCCUCGAGCUCGUCGUCGUGGUGGCCGCCCUUUUGCCGGCACCAGAGCGACAAGGUCGGCGGCGACAACGGCAUGGGCCUCGACCUGGAGCGCUGGGACCGUGACUAUCUUUUCUUCCUCUUCCUCUUGAUAUCCUGUAUCUGCUUUGACUCUGCCAUUGUCGGUGUUCCUUCUUAUACCCUGUAUGUCUUUUGCCUCCUAUUCUCGACUUACCUCGGCCCAACAAAACGGUCGUCCCAACAAAUUCGGCUUUGGGUGGAGAAGAAGAGAAGAAGAAGAAGAAGAAGAAGAAGAGAAGAAGAUGAAGAUGAAGAUGAAGAUGAUAAAAAGAAGAGGAAGAAGAGGAUGAAAGCCUCGACACAAGACCAAAUACCCAAAACAGACAAAGAGAGAGAAAGCAAAGAGACAGCAAAGAGAGAGAGAGAUCUGGGCCUUCACUGGGUCUUCUUCAUUUCACUAGACUCUCUCUUAAGUCUUCUCUCUAAGUCUCUUAAUUCUUCUAUUAAUUCUCCUCUUAAGUCAUCGCUGAAGUCAUCUUCUUCUUCUUCUCCUCUUCUUCUCUUCUUCUUCUCAACAAGUCGCUUGCUUGCUUGCUUCUUGCUUGCUUCUUGCUUCCUCUUACUAACCGUCGCCUCUCGCCUCUUCCUCUCUUCCUCUUACUCUCUUACUCUCUACUUAUUCUCUUCUUCUCUCGGAGUCUUCAAGUCUUCAGUCUCAGUCUCAGUCCUUCGUUGA